CGCGCGCUACCGCCGGGUACCUGCGCAACGCACGACGGGGCCUCUCGGCAAUGAGGCGGGUGGGCGUCGCGCGCCACCUUGCCUGAGGAGGAGCGACGCCGAGCGAGCGGCGGUGGCGGCGGGCGCGGAGGCACUGCGGGACAACACCGCGUCCAAAGGUUUCAUGAUGACGAUGGACGUGAAGGCGGAGCCGCAGAAGAGCAGCAGCCCGCCUCAGGAGUGCGCUGGCUGUGGCAAGAAGAUCACCGAGAGGUACCUGCUGAAGGCGCUGGACCUGUUCUGGCACGAGGACUGCCUCAAGUGCGGCUGCUGCGACUGCCGCCUGGGGGAGGUGGGCUCCACGCUCUACACCAAGGCCGACCUCAUCCUGUGCCGCCGCGACUACCUCAGGCUUUUCGGCAGCACUGGCUAUUGCGCGGCGUGCUCCAAGGUGAUCCCUGCCUUCGAGAUGGUGAUGCGUGCGCGAAACAACGUCUACCACCUCGAGUGCUUCGCCUGCCAGCAGUGCAACCAUAGGUUCUGCGUGGGAGACCGCUUCUACCUGUGCGAGAACAAGAUCCUGUGCGAGUACGACUACGAGGAGCGACUCGUCUUCGCCAACAUGGCGUACAACCCGUCCAGCCUGGCGCACAUCAAACGACAGACCAGCCACUUGCCGCCUGGGUCGACGCAGGCUGGUUUGCGAGGGGCUGCGCCUGGAGACCUGAAUAACAACAUGGCCGCCGGCCUGGUGUCGCUCUCUCCGGGCCCUCACGCCAAGUCGCCGGCAGCACGGUGAGCCUGUCACGUCGCAACGUCACCAGUGGCCGAGCGAUGAUCCUGUGGACCAGUCAACGUCGUAACUUCACCAGUGACAUGUGCAGUGCUCGUGUGGACCUAUCAUCCUUGAAUCUUUUCCUGAAUGUGAGCAGUAACUUCGGGUCUACAGACGUCGUAACAUCACGACGGCGGGCAGUGAUCACGCAGGCCGGUAGAUAUCACAUACUCAUCGUGAGCUAACCUUCAUUCUGUAAUCCUGCAAUCGUUGCAAUUUCACGAGUGGUCGACCGGCAGCUCUUCAGAUUCAGUGUCACAACCGGACGUUAAUCAGUGUCAUUAGGUAACCUGAUGGCGUGCAGUAUCACUGAGAUGUGUUAGUGCUCCACCACGCGACUGUCAUUUCGUGACACUCUUUUAUCUUUUCCAGAUACUAAUUUGCACAGUGAUCCAGGCAGCUAGUCAACACUGCGACGCUAUUGGUUACACUAUUUUAUCUGAACAUCUGAACAGGAGUUCAGGUUUUCGUGAUUUGGUAGCAAUGUUUUUGGACUAAAUAUUGUGUAUGGUGAUGAAGAAACAAAUCCACAGGGUGCUCAAGUGUGGUACUAUGCAGUCCCAUAAUUUAACUGGCGGGAAAGAGUUUUACAUUAUAAUUUUAUAAGCCGUACCAAAGAUAGUCAUAACAAGUAUUUUACCAUCAGUUUCCGGUAAGGUAACUGAACGUAGCUCUUGACAUUACAGUACACAGUGAAGUCUUAAUAUUUUAAUAGGGAAUAAUCAGUUAAUCUCACUCUUCUUCCACGAGAAAUGCUCUCCAGUAAAUAAUGCCACAUUCGGCCGCCCUGAGUAAUGUCACUGUACAUGUGAGUUGAUAUGAAGGGUUAUUCGCCACUAAAGUAGCUCAGUUAUCCUCUCUGAUUAUGCACGUAAAUGAACAUAUACUGGUCAUAUUUCCUGUGAAAUAACUGCUCUGAUACGUUUGUGGUAUCUCCCUACUUUCUUUAACUACACUUAUUAGUGCCAUGGAAAUCAGUCACCUUAUUCAGCUUCAUACCAACCUCAAUGUAACACGCAAAUUUUCACUAGUCAAAUAAAAAAUCAUUUGCAGCAGGCUCACGUGCCUGUCGAGACGAUUUAAGUAAAUCGUCUCCACAGGCAUGUGAGCUUACUGAAAAGGCUUGAAACACACGUGAACCUAAGGAAAAUUUAUGGCUCAGGACACAUUCUACACUUGUACAGCAGUUUUACUUUGCAGUAAUAUACCUAAUUUUCAUGUUUAAAAGAAAAUUCAUCUCGGAUUGCAUUAACUAAAUCUCUAGGCAUAUUUCCUUUUUUUAUAUCGUAUUAUUACCAACUGACGCCUUUAAAACCAGCAAAAUUGCAUAGUUCUAAUACAUAUAAGUGCCAUAUAAAUAUUGAUGUUCUCAGCCUCUCACCUAUAAUGUUACCAUUGGUAUGGGCUAUGCUGACGCUCAUCUGAAGAAAGGGGAAGAUCAACUUUGUUCACGGUAUUUCUCUUUAACGUGCUGCGUAUGAAGCUUUGAUUAUUUGCCUAUAUCCAUCUUUUAAGUAUUACAUUAUUGAAAUUCUGGAGACUUAAUUAUCAUUUUCUUAGUAAUAUUAUAUUAGCAUUUCCCUCGAGGUAGAUUAUUUUUGACAGAAAAUAUUAUUAGACAACGGUAUUUGUAACAUCGUUGAUGCACAAUGUUCACGGCGCCUCGGAUGAAGUUCUUAUGAUUUAUUCAUUUUAAACUGCUUAAAUGUGAAAUUUCCACUCUGUAGAAAUCUAAGGAAAAAGAUCGUUUAGCAGAAAGCACAGUACGUGAUUGCAUAUGUGACAUUUGAUAUAUGUUUCACAUAAGCUAUGUACGACUGUGUUCCGUGAAACAUUCCAGUGAGUUUUAUUUCAAAAUCAGCAGUAGCUCCACAUCUGGUAUCAGAUCUAUGUACGUGUAAGCCAAGUUAAUUGCUAGGACACACACGCAAAAGAUGUUCGAUAACUAUACAGACAAUACAACUAUGACGAAGAGAACAAUUUGUUCUCCAUAAAAUAUUUCGAAUAUUUAUAUUUUAGUUUAAAACGUGUUUCAGGAAAAAUACAAAACUAAAAAUCAAUUCAUUUACCGAAUAAAACAAUAAACUGCUGCAUCUGACAAAAACCUAAUAUUUAUUAAUCUUCGUAUUAAUAUAGUUCUCUUUGUAGGUGCUUUCUUAUGAGUUAUCCAUGUUACGUAGUACUUCUCGUAAAGUUCCCACAAAUCAGUUACAGCUUCUGGCUUAACCUCAUCGUUAAAAAGUCACGUACACAUCAAGUAGGAGAUCACAGAAUCCUAAAUCCCAUUGUACUGUAACUUUGUGUACCAAAUGAUUACACAGGGAAAGAUGACAUUCAAUGAUUAAAACUCUGUGAAUGAUUGAACAAAAAGGAACUACACUUUGUAUAAUAUUUGUCAGUGUAUAGAAAACAUUCGUACUGUUGUAUCGUAAGUUCUAUGAAUACAGAGAAGUUUUAGUGGUUAGUUGUGACAGUACUUCAGACCGAGAAAUUGUAUCUCUAUCCAUGCAUUGGUGCAAAUGCUGUCACUGUAUCUGGAAAAUUGUCUUGAACUGCAGACUGUAUUGUGUGCAAUGUCAGAUUCAUAAACUAGAAAAAAAAUGGACCAUUAUAUUUCCCUAUUGUCAGUAACCCGCACAACGCGAAAUUGUUGGAUGCCCCGUACUUCGGAACCUUAGCAAGCAGAGGUGCUCUACUCGCCGCUAUCUCCUCCUAUUAUCUCAUUCCCCUUGCAUUUAAAUGACUACUUAUUGCCAUACUGGAGCAUGCAAGGAAGACUCGCUACCAGCUUGCGUGUGACUUUCUUGCUGUUCCAUUUUGGGCAAUGAAAGCGGGAGUAGAACGUGCCGAUGUAACAAACUGUGUUGGAAAUAAUGACGACUUCUCCUUCUCACAGCUGUCACAGAUACACACUGAAUAUGAUACCCACCUAUAAAUCCAUUCUUAAUGACAGUAAUAUUACUUGCUAACAACAUGAUCAAGCAUUGUUUAAAAGUUUCUAAAUGUGGAGAGAAAUGUUUAACCAAAUUGGUGUUCUUGUUGUAUCCUUUUGUACACGUGAGCUAUUUUUAUACACAGCAGAAUGUAGAAGUGGACAUCAAGUAUACGACUUUUUUUUCUUUCUCUUGCCGACGCCAUAUAUAAACUUAUUCACAUGCUGUACACAAACAAGAAUCAGCUCAAUCCAGCUGUGACACAAAAUAUUCUUAGUGAUUUAAAGCAAGCGAAAUUUGUGUAAAAGAAGAUAACGUUGCAGUUGUUUUGCUGGAUCGCGUAAUGGAGACACUUGAACUAAUCUAGUCGUGCUCCCAAAGACAUGAAACCAAAGUGCGCAGUUGUUCAAGGAACUGUUGUAGUGACCAAAGAUAAUAAACGAAACAUUUUACGCUUGAAGUUAUUUGAAGUUUCCAGUUUUGCCUUCGGAGGCGAGUGGUCAGUGGGCUCUUGAAACAAACGUGUGUGUUAUUCGCUCAGAGUGUGUUCUUCAGGACGGCGGUGUAUUCAGCGAUCUGUGUGCUUCCAUUAAGUUUCUAUUUGCAAGAAGGAUUAAUGUGAAAAUAAGCAAUAAAGACAGUUGUAAUGGUGAUGAACUCAGUGAAAUAUCGAAGGCGAAAAUGAUUGUUUCGUGCAUUAAUUGCUAUUUGUCUGUAACCACAGCUGUGUGUACGGAGUAUAAAGUUGCAGUAGUGUAUAAUUAUUGCAAUGUAUGUCUGUUAUUUGGUAUCCACGAUCUUUACUGGUAAUUCUUGUUGUAAAUGAGCUCCACUGUCCUGGAUACUUCCGCUGCGAGGUUUAAUUACAGCGUGUGCCACCCACUCCCUAUUUUCGGAACUACCACUGCCCUGACCCCAUUCCCUUCCCACCCGCCAUAACAAUAAAG